AUGGAGGGAGCACGGGUAAGGAGGAGCUGAGAGGGAGGGAGGAAGACAAGAAAGAGAAAGAGGGUGGUCUUUUCACACUGACGGUGACGGAGAGCGUGCUUACAACAUAUUGCCUAAAAAAAUAACACACAGAAAGGCAGGCACUCGCUCACACAGAGACCAUGUUGACCUGUUUGAGCUGCACAUGAGGUGGGGAUGUGUUCUGGGUGCAGGGUUAGGGGUGGAGGCUGACCACUGCCCCUGCCCUGCUCUGCCGUGUGUGUCUGUGUGUGUCUGUGUGUGUCUGUGUGUGUCUGUGGGUGUCUGUGUGUGUGUGUGUGUGUGUGUGUCUGUGUGUGUCUGUGGGUGCCUGUGUGUGUCUGUGUGUGUGUGUGUGUGUGUAUGAGAGAGCGAGCGCAUUGAGGCAAACUUUGUGUUACCUCCAGCUCUGUGGGUGCUGGCACAGGGAGUCAGUGUCUGUUAGCGCAGCGACGUCUGAGUGUGAAGUGGCGAGACGCGGCCACAGCAUGACCAUGGCUCAGGGCCUGGUGUGGUGGAGAAAGAGGACAGGUGAAAUUUAGGAUGAGGGCAGAGAGUGAGGUAGUGAAAGAAAGACAGCAAGAAAGAAUGAAAGAGAGAAAGAAAGGGAGAGAGAGAGAGAGAGAGAGAGAGAGAGAGAGAGAGAGAGAGAGAGAGAGAGAGAGAGAGAGAGAGAGAGAGGACAUGCAGCAAGGGAAUGACAUUGGCCACCUGUAAAGGACUAACCUGCUGUAAGACCAGGGUUUUGAGUGCAUGUCGUGACCACAGGAGAUGUUGUGGGCCGAUCAGUGUUUCUGCAGCUUUUUUAUUAAGACAGGGCUGGGACGUCAAACUGCUGCAGCCCUCAGUGGGUUGCCGUCUAAACUUAGGCAAGAAAUGGGCCAUAGAGAAACGAUCUGUGUGAGUUAAGUGGUUCGGGUUUCAGUCAACUAACGUCUCAUGUCGAGAGGCAAAACAAAGAGCUCUCUCAGUUUUUUUCUUUGGUCUUCCGUUUAUUCCUCUUCCAUUUUCCCUGGAAGGGCUGCUGCGACGGUGGUUACAUUAUAAUCAGAAUCAUGUUAGGGGCAAAAUUAGCCAAAUAUUUUAAUCAAGACCUGUGAUUUUUUAAUUAGGGUUCAAAAAGUAGUUAGAAUAAGGUCAGCGCUAAUUAGGUGAUGGUCUGACAAAUAUGAGAACUAAUUAAGUGUGCAUGUGUUUGAUUAAAGAUAAGGAGGUUUUUAUGAUAAGAAAUAUGAUGAUGAAGCAUGAGAGCAGAGAAGAGAGAGGAAGAGAGGCAGGUCUAAUUGAGGUAGAGAUAAUACUUGAGUGAGUGAGAGAGCUGGAGAGAGACAGAGAGAGAGAGACAGAAUGAGACACAAGUGAGUGAACGUGUUCAUUACAUUUUUUAAAUUAAUUUUGAUUAUAUAUUCUGAGUGCAUUAUUUGUGUUCAUAUCAGCGUGUUUGAUUGGACGAUUCUGUUAGCUAUUAUGUAUUUUAUGAGUUGUUUUUUGUGUGUGUAUCCUGCACUGUAGAUUUUAAACAAGCUAGUCUUCUAGAAAGACCUAGCGGGUUCUCUCUCCUCUCCCUUUCUCCAUCUUGCUCUGCUCACUCUCUCUCACUCUCUCCCUCUCUCUCGCUCUCCGUCUUGCUCUGCUCUCUCUCUCUCUCUCUCUCUCUCUCUCUCUCUCUCUCUCUCUCUCUCUCUCUCUCUCUCUCUCUCUCUCUCUCUCCGUCUUGCUCUCCUGCCUCGCUCUUGCAUCUCUACCCAUCAGGCAGUGGAGAGCAGCAGUCAAUAGCAACCCCCCUCGCUCAAGUUCAAAGCACCCUUUAUAGGCAGGAUAGAAAUAUGCAUUGUCAAAACCUUGGAGCAGACAGCACACUCACACAAGUAGAAAAACAGCAAUGGUGGUUAUGAAAAAAAGAAUAUACACUUGAACAUUCUUCAAAACGGCAAAUAAUCUAUAUUGUUGCUGAGCCAUGGAGAUCAGGUACUCUUACAGGCUUGCAGUAAUGCAAAGCACACCCACACUCACACACGGAAUACAAUGUACAUUGAGUACUUGUGUAAGUUGGGGUGGUGUGGACUGUAUGUCUGCACUAUACUGUAUAUGCUGUACUGUAGGUGUCUUUGUCCCAGAUCUGUGUGUGUACAGUCAGUGUACAUAACAUACUCCUUACGCUGUGCAUAUGAUGCAUAAAUGUAUCCCUGUGUAUGUUUACCUUCUAUACUGUGUGUGUGUAUGUGUGUGUGUGUGUGUGUGUGUGUGGUGUGUGUGUGUGUGUGUGUGUGUGUGUGUGUGUCUGUGUGUGUGUGUGUGUGUGUGUGUGCAGUUGUGCCUGUAUGCACGUAUUCAGAGGCAGGGCUGGGAGUAGCUCCAUUUCUUUGUAGGCAUUGGUGUGUCCCUGCGUGUGUAAUUGAAAUACCUGAGUUAUUGAUUCUCUCCCUCCAAGUCAAAUGGCUGCUCGGUGAGUGUGAGCUCUCUCAUUGGACAGCUGUGGGGCGAGCAGCCAGGCAGAGAGAGGAGCUAGCUCAGGCUAGGGCUGGGAACAGACAGGGAAUAGCCAGGGACCUCACGAUACGAUAUUAUCACCAUACUUAGGUGCCGAAACGAUAUGUAUUGUGAUUCCCAUACAAAGUAUCAAUAUAAUAUUGUCCAAAAAUAAUAUUGCGAUAUGUAACUGUAUCGGUUAUUCCCCCUCAUCACUACUGUCAGGGCUGCUGCUGCUGCUGCGAGGAGGGCACACAUCUGCAUCCUGUCUGUCCCUGACAGCACCAAUCGGCUGUGGGUUAGCAGCUGUGGCUAGCGCUGCCCUGACUCCCUGGCCCGCUGCUGCUCACUCACUCUGCAGUCUGCACCAGGUCACAGCCCACCAGCCCCCUGUUCCACUCAUUGUCUCCAUAGACCCCCCCCCCCCCCCCCCCUCCAUACUCACCUUCUCUCACUAUUCUAUUGCUCUCUCUGACUAAUUUCUCUCCCGUCUUCAUUUUCUCUCGAUUCCUCUCUCUUUUACCCUCUUCAUUCCUCACGUAGCUUACUCUCUCUGUCUCCAUCUCUCUCUCCCUUUAUCUCUCAGUGUUGUUCCCUCUCUCCUGCUGUUAUUCAGCCUCUGUGUUGUUCCCUCUCUCCUCCUGUUAUUCAGCCUCUGUGUUGUUCCCUCUCUCCUCCUGUUAUUCAGCCUCUUUGUUGUUCCCUCUCUCCUCCUGUUAUUCAGCCUCUGUGUUGUUCCCUCUCUCCUCCUGUUAUUCAGCCUCUUUGUUGUUCCCUCUCUCCUCCUGUUGUUCAGCCUCUGUGUUGUUCCCUCUCUCCUCCUGUUGUUCAGCCUCUGUGUUGUUCCCUCUCUCCUUCUGUUAUUCAGCCUCUGUGUUGCAGUCCAGUACAGUAGACUGCAGUGGCUGCUUGGGACAGACAGAGACACACUCCCUCCUCAGGCAUUUUAAUGUGUGCUAAUCGAUACCCCAGUGCUCGGGGAGGUGAUCAUUCGGACUGACCUUAAUUAUUGUUGCUGUAAAUGAAGUGCAGGCUUUAUUUGGCUCUGGGUCCCUUUCUCUCUCUCUUUCUCUUCUCCUCUUUUUUUUGCUAAUGAAAAUUCUGCAGACCUCUAGCUCUCUGAAUGACUGCAUGGGCCAGUACAUUAACACUGCUCUUAGAAAGAGAGGAGGGGAGCUGCAGGGGACCGUGUGGAGGAGGGGGGCUGGAAAUUCAAUUAUAACUGUGUCCUGGCAGUAAUUUCACUGGAAUAAAUGGGACAGGGAGCGGGAGAGGAGAUAGAGAGAGAUCACAGGAGAGAGGGACAUGAAAAAGAAAGUGGCAAAAGGGGAUGAGAUGGGAUGAAGGUAGUGUGUAGAGGGACAAAUGGAUGAGGGCUAGGGGUCAAUCGUGGUUUAGUGGAGAGGAUCGUACAGUGGAAAUGUAUUAUCCAAAGCCUUGCAAAACACUGACUUAGACAUGUGGAAUAUACUGUUGUGGAAUAUACUGUUGUGGAAUAUACUGUUUAUUCACGGUUAUUAUGUACAUGUACUGUAUAUCAUAUAUAAGUGACAAACACACACAGCAUAUUUAUUCACCCCUUUCCGCUGUGCCAUUUCAAUGGUAUAGUCUGAUCUCAUUCAUGCGGAAACAAGGUAACGGAUCAACCCAUGUGCGUCCCCUGGGUUGUGGAGGUUAGGCUUUGAUGUUGAGUGAAGCACGGAUUCCUAAGCCAAAGAGAUUUCAAGACCCUGCCUGGCUGACAGAUACGUCUGAUUUUACACUCUGACGCACACAGAAAAACACGGCCGCACACACGCACACACACACACACACAUACACACAUACAGUAUUGGGAAAAAAACUGCAGUGUUGUCUAGACAACUCCUCUCCCUUGAUUACGGUCCAGUUCAAUAUUCAAUGUAAACGUGUAGCAUAGCAUUACUAACCCCCACUCUUCUGUUCCCCUAGGAUGACAACUCAAUGUUCUUCCAGUUCGGCCCGUCCAUCGAGCAGCAGGCCUCGGUCAUGCUCAACAUCAUGGAGGAGUACGACUGGUACAUCUUCUCCAUCGUCACCACAUACUACCCUGGAUACCUGGACUUUGUCACCAAGGUAACUCACCAACACAAGCCCUCACGACAGUGUAGCGCUCUCUUUUUCACCCCUUAAUUUGAAUACUGCCACCAGGCAAUCCAUGAGCAGAUUCUAACGUCACCGUAGACUUAUAGUCUUAACUUCUAGGAUAGUGAUAGGAAGACAACUACUAAGCUCAACAUGUUCAUGUAGUCAGGAAGUGUCAGUAGGUAUUUAAAUACUGUUACGUCGAGAGCAAUCAAAUUGGCCUUGUCAAAUAGCCCUUCAGCCCUCUCACACACCUCCAUCUUCCUCCAUGUCGUUGAACACACUUUUUGUGAUAACUCAAUAUUACAGAUGAUCAUACCCAACUCUAUCUCUCAACCACCUACCUCUUCCUCCCUGGUCUCUCCGUCCCUUCCUGUACCCUGUAGAUACGGAGCACCAUAGAGAACAGCUUUGUGGGCUGGGAGCUGGAGGAGGUUCUGCUGCUCGACAUGUCAGUGGACGAUGGAGACUCUAAGAUCCAGAACCAGCUGAAGAAGCUGCAGAGCCCCGUCAUCCUGCUGUACUGCACUAAGGAGGAGGCCAACACCAUCUUCGAAGUGGCCCACUCCGUAGGGAUCACGGGCUACGGCUACACCUGGAUCGUCCCCUCGCUGGUGGCUGGGGACGCUGAAGUGAUCCCUGCCGAGUUCCCUACAGGUUGGUUUGGAAUAACUUCUAUGUGAUUUAUCUCCAUUUAAAGUGUGUGAUUGGUUGUUGUUUUGCUGUUGAUUUAUAGUUGGGAAGAUGUGGGAUCAGGUAGCUGGUACUGAUCAAAUCCUAACCUGAAAUCCAUGCAUGCAAUGCUAAUUUUUUGGCAAAAUCUUACAUUGAUAUUUCUGCAUGAUUUACGAUAAAUGGAAGUUAGUCACGCGCAUGUCAAAUUGACAGAUAUGGCCCUUAAUAAUAUAUUACCAUGUCAGCUAUGUAAAUCAUUUGAUGUGUGAUGGUCGAGUGGGCGAGGUAUUGUACAUGUUUUUCUGCAGGUUUUAACUGUCCCUUGAGCAGAUUUGUCCUGCACAUUAGGCAGUGACAGAUGGUAGAUACUGCAUGAAUUAAGGGUGUUUUGUGUCAAACUGUCAAAAUAAACACUUCAGUUUAUUACUGUUUGAUGAAUUUACAGUAUAGGCCUUACAGUAACCUUCAGAAUGUGAAUUGUCUCAUGAAGUUCAUAUUUCUAGCACACGUAGGCCUACACCUUUAAUGGAGAACUUACUAACUAAUCCUCACAGGUAAUUCCACUGAUGCAUUCCUUAAGUGGCACUCUGGGGAGCUACAGUAUCUCACCUCCUCCCCCUCUCUCCUCCUCCUCCUCCUCCUCCUCCUCUAUCCCCUCUCUCUUUCGCAAUUAACUUAAACACACUUCUCAUGACGCACAGAUAUUGCUAACAUUUAGCAUGUGACCCUCCUAAUCUUACAUCACAGACAAUGAUGAGCUGUCUGGCACCAAUGGCCUGGUUUUGUAAUCAGGUCCCCCAAUCAACAGUUAGAAUGAGAAGGAGGGGAGGGGAGUAGAGGGCUACUGCAGUUCAAAUGGAAGGACAAGGGGUCUGGUUCUCAUACACCUCCAAGUCAACGCCACUGACCUCAUCUUCCUGUUUACCCACAUCGCCAAGGGAGAUGAGAUUGUCUAUUUUGUUGCGACAUUUUCCUGAGAUGGACAUGUCCCAUUGGCUGCCAACCAACCCUUUCCACUACACGCACACUAGUUCUAUAUUAUAAUUUUUGUAGGGUAAAUAUAAAAGCCUGGAGAAAGUGUCAACAGAGUGUGACAUUAGAUAUGGUCCUGGAAGGACUGAGCUGUCAUCCCAGAGCCCUGUGGGUCUACAGGUUGGAUGCUGUCUGUCUAUUUCUGUCCAGUUGCCUGGUAAUGGAUUGGCCAGUCCCUGUCAAGCGGGCCGAAGCAGACAGAGAGGGCGUGAGGAUGCAGUUUGACUGAGAAGAGAGGAGAGGGGUGGCUGUCAGUGGUGUGUGGCGCACGCCUCAUAGUGUGUUUAGCCCCUUGAUUGAGUCCAUUGCGUGCAGAACCACUCUUCCUCGGCUCUCUUUCUCUAUCUCUCUCCUGUCACUGUCUCCUCUGUCGACUGUAUAUUAUGGAUCUCUCUCUCUCUAUCUGCUCUACCUUUCUCUCUAUCUGCUCUCCCUUUCUCUCUAUCUGCUCUCCCUUUCUCUCUAUCUGCUCUCCCUUUCUUCUAAUUCCCCCUCACUAUAUCUGUUUCUGCCUCUUCCCUCAUUUCUCUCUCUCUCUUGCUCUCUCUAUCCACCCAGUCCUGCUCAUCUCUCUCUCUCUCUCUACAGGUUUAAUCUCUGUGUCGUAUGACGAAUGGGACUACGGCCUGGAGGCCCGCGUGCGCGAUGGGGUGGCUGUCAUCGCCAUGGCAACCUCCACCAUGAUGCUGGACAGGGGGGCACACACACUGAUGAAGUCUGAGUGCCACGGCGCCACGGACAAGAAAGGGCCCAUUGCUGGGAACCCCAACGAAGUGCUCAGGUAAAUCUGGGGCAGAUCUCCUAUCAACCCUUUGAAAUCUUUCAACUCUUUCAACAUCUGCACACACAAAGAGUAACACACACAUCUCCCUCCCAAAACAGCCCCCCUCCGCCUACUGCACCCCAACACCCGGACCCUCUCCUUUCCUCUGCUGGGCCUUUUGAACUCGUUGUGAUGCGGAGCAUUCUGCCACGCUUUGCUUUGCCAGCUCUUUAAUUGGUCCCAGUGGCAUUUCAGUCUGAGAACAGUAGCCCCGUUGCGCUGCUCUGUGGAACUGAGCGUGGUGUUGUAUUCCGGGGCAGUUCCACCCUACUCUGCGUUUUGCCACUCUGCCUCUAUGUGUUUGGGGGAUUGUUGGGCAUACUGUUGGGACACCAAAGUAGGUUUGGCUGCUUACAAAAAUCCUGUUUCCUCCACCAUUUCAGGGAUUGUUGGGAGCGGAGCAGCUGAGUGCUAUUUCUGUUGCUGUAUCACGGCAGCACCUGGGGAUGCUCUGAGCUUUCUCUCGCGCAAGCAUUUCGGUUUUGGGAUGUUUUUUACGCAACAAAGCGAUCAAAGCCUAACUGAGUCUAGCUCACUUUGGAAACUCUGCCUGCUGUAUUGUCUCACAGGAAGCUGUCAGAUGUCAUUUCAGCGUAGACCUCUUAUGUUAUGCCGUAUUUGUUUGCCACUGCCCAAUGCUUUUAGAUAACGGCACAGCUACUAUCCCCAGUAUAUGUUUCCUCUGUAAUACGCUCCCCAGCCAUCUCUAACCCAUUGUUUCAUAAUCAACUAAGCUGUGCUCUUGAUUAAAUCACGCUGAACCGAUCUCAGAUCAUGCUUUUGGUUUUACUUGAACUAAACCUGUUUGUUGAUAACCUCUGUCUUCAGGGAGUCAAUGAGCUGAUUAGCAUUAAGCCCACAGAUAGACAGAUAGACUCAAUCAGUGCUUCCUCUCAUGUGACAGAUAUAUAGCACUAUGGGGCUAUGAGACCAGCCUGAUGGGAUGCGAGGGGGUAAUCAGACCUAUAACUGCCUAUAUUACAAUGUAUCGUCAUUUUAUUCAGUCAUUUUUAAUUUAUCGUAUAAAAAAGAUAAAGAAGUCUAUGGCCACUUACAAAUCAAAUCAAAUCACAUUUUAUUUGUCACAUGCGGCGAAUAAAACAGGUGUAGACCUUACCGUGAAAUGCUUACUUACAAGCCCUUAACCAACAAUGCAGUUCAAGAAAUUGAGUUAAGAAAAUAUUUACUAAAUAAACUAAAGUAAAAAAUAAUUUACAAAAAUAAGUAACACAAUAAAAGAACAAUAACGAGGCUAUAUACAAGGGGCACCGGUACCAAGUCAAUGUGCAGUCUUAUAGCUUGGGGGUAGAAGCUGUUAAGGAGCCUUUUGGUCCUAGAGAGAGAAGGUGACAUAGGCAGGAAAGUUAAAUACAUUUCACAGCAAAGAACAUUAUCGUUACAGAGAUGGAGAGAAAGAGGGGGUAGUAGUGAAGUCAAGAGAGAAAUAUGACCUGUCUCCCCCCUCUCCUUUUCCCUCUCUCUAUCACACUCGCUCUCUCUCUCUGUGAGAUUAUGGUUCCCAUAGCAACGCAGCAGAUUGGCUUGGAAAUCUUGGUGGUUGUGGGUACCAUGGCAACACAUUACAUAUGCUUGUGUGAGUCUCUCUGUCGCCGUUGUCAACGUGUGUAGGAUGGUACAGUAUAUACAUUCCACAUAAAUACCCCACAUGUACAUUGUCAUGCAUAACUAUACCAUGCUCACUAAACAUUCAAGAGGACACACUCUCGAGUCAUUUCGUAAAUGGCUUAUAAUUUAUGCAGCAUAUUCCAUAGGCUUUGCGUCUGUGCCAAGGUUGCUGCUGAUACAUAUGGUACUAACAGACGGUCCUAUAUGAUUUCUCCACUUAAUAUUUCAUAUUUUAUCUUUACACAAAAAAGUAGAACGAUUUGGUUUAAGGAUAUUUGAGAAACAUUGAAAUGAUGUUGUAAAUCCUGUGUUUUGGACCCGUGACAUUUUGGAGCACACAGAACAAGAAUGUUGUUUACCAAUUUGCAUCUACCUGUUUACCUAUCAUGCCAUUCUAUCAAGCAAAUCCACAGACUCUCCCACUCUCCUGCACACAUCAUACCAAGGUACAGUGAUGUACUGUAUACCUCUCAUUACGCAACAUACAGGUAACUGCCAAAAUAAAGGAAACACUGAAAGUGUCUUAAUAGGGCGUUGGGCCACCAUGACCAGAACAGCUUCCAUGCACCUUGGUAUAAAUUCUACAAGUGUUUGGAACUCUAUUGGAAGGAUGCAACACCAUUCUUCCAUGAGAAAUUCCAUCAUUUGGUGUUUUGUUGAUGGUGGUGGAAAACGUUUUCAUGCUCAUCAAACUGUUCAGUGACCACUUGGGGCAUUGUCAUCCUAUGUGGGCAUAGCCAUGGUAGCCAAAAAUAAUGGCCUGUCCAGCAUUUUUAUACAUGACCCUAAGCAUGAUGGGAUGUUAAUUGCUUAAUUAACUCAGGAACACAGUCAAAUGCUCCAUUUUCUGUGUGUGUGUGUGUGUGUGUGGAUGGCAGGGGCUGACGUGUGAUGUGUGACUGUGUGACUGUGACUCCAUGCUGGCAUGCUGAGGUCUGUGGAGAGCUGCUCUGUGUGGAGAGGAAGUGAGUGGUCGGGUCCUCAGGGAGCGGAUGGGAGAACAUUGAUAGUGGUGAGCUUUUCUAGUGGUUCAGUAUGUGUAGUUACUGGUAUGCAGUGUGCCGGUCUGCCUGGCUAGUGUUGCCGGGCAUGUUGUUGGACAUGCUGCUCAAUGCAGAGAACGUUCAGUUCAGGUGGGUGGCACAAACAUGAGCAUGUGCAGUACGGACACACACACACAGAAACACACACACACACACACACAGACACACACACGUCACUCUCAGCUCCAGUCAUGCCUAAUUUUUGUCAUGUAUUUAUUUAUCUAUGUAUUGUGUGCAUGGUUUUGAGGCAGAGUGUUGCCAUGGAAACAGUAACCCAGAAAAAAAGAGAGAGAGGCAGAGGAGAGUAGAACGGGGGGGUGGCAGAGAAAUGAUUUGAGCUCACCUGACAGAAACACUUGUGUUCUCACACACACAUACACACACACACACUCUUCCCACACACACUGGCACAUACAUAUCCGACAGCUAGGAAACAGAGAGAUACCACUAACAUGAAACAGAAGCACAUUGAAAGGGGUUGCAAUGUCAUGAUCAGCCAGGAGACUGUUGCAGUGCUGUCCUGUCUGCCUCCUCACUGCAGCCGUACAGUAGACAUGCUCACUGCUCUAUUCUGGUCUAUUCUAUCCUAUUGAACUCUAUUCUACUCUAUUCUACUCUACUCUAUUCUACUCUACUCUAUUCUACUGUAUUCUAUUCUUCUGUAUUAUAUUCUACUGUAUUAUAUUAUACUCUACUCUAUUCUACUGUAUUCUAUUCUACUCUACUCUAUUCUACUGUAUUCUAUUAUACUCUACUCUAUUCUACUGUAUUAUAUUAUACUCUACUCUAUUCUACUGUAUUAUAUUUUACUCUACUCUAUUCUACUGUAUUCUAUUAUACUCUACUCUAUUCUACUGUAUUCUAUUAUACUCUACUCUAUUCUACUGUAUUCUAUUUGAUCCUAUUUUCACUGCACAGAUAUCGCCAUUCUAACCUGUGUGUGGGAAUAAAAGCCUUAUUAACCUGAAUCUCUGUUCCUAUCCAGGUACCUGAUGAAUGUAACGUUUGAGGGCCGGAACCUGUCCUUCAGUGAGGACGGCUACCAGAUGCAUCCCAAACUAGUCAUCAUCCUUUUGGACAAGAUGAGGCAGUGGGACAAGGUGAGGUUUCGGCUUUGUAUGGUGUGUCUGUGUGUGUGUGUGUGUGUGUGUGUGUCUGUGUUAGUUUAUAUUUGUAUUUCUACAUCUCACUGUGUGUCUCUUUCUUUCUCUUGCUCUACUUCUUCCUCCUAUUAUUCUAUCUCUUCAGCCUCUAAUCGUCUCUGCAAUCUAUAUUCUGUCCUCUGAUCAGAGAGCAAGGUGACUCUCUCCUCUCCUCUGCUCCCCCUCUCACUCUCACUCUCAUGUUUAAUUCUUAGCUUUACUUCCAGCUGGACCACUUUCUUGGAUUCUAAUGAGUGCAGGAUUCCACCCCUUCUCUCUCUCUCUCUCUCUCUCUCUCUCUCUCUCUCUCUCUCUCUCUCUCUCUCUCUCUCUCUCUCUGUCUCUGUCUCUGUCUCUGUCUCUGUCUCUCUCUCUCUCUCUCUCUCUCUCUCUCUCUCUCUCUCUCUCUCUUUCUCUGUCUGUCUGUCUGUCUGUCUGUCUGUCUGUCUGUCUGUCUGUCUGUCUGUCUGUCUGUCUGUCUGUCUGUCUGUCUGUCUCUCUCUCUCUGUCUCUCUCUCUCUCUCUCUCUGUCUCUCUCUCUCUGUCUCUCUCUCUCUCUCUCUCUCUCUCUCUCUCUCUGUCUCUCUCUCUCUCUCUGUCUCUCUCUCUCUCUCUCUCUCUCUCUCUCUCUCUCUCUCUCUCUCUCUCUCUCUCUCUCUCUCUCUCUCUCUCUCUCUCUCUCUCUCUCCUUCCCUAUUUCCCUGCUCCUUUGAAGUAGUUCUGAAGCUCUGUAAUAUCCAGUCCAGUUUACACACUGUGAGUUGACUGUAACCCUUCCCUCUCUGUCUGGAGGUAGCAGUCUGGCACCGGGGCUCUGCAGCCCAGUCAGUCUGCUGCAGCCUGCCAACUUUCCUCUCUGGAGUGUGUUUGUGCAUGUGUGUGAGCGCAUGGGUCUGUGUGUGUGCGCAUGCACGCACGUGCUCCAACUCCUUGUCCAUCUCACAUCUUGACAGGCCCAAUUAGUUGAUCAUCCAUAUCCAUUUACACCCACGCUAUUCCCUGAAAUAAGUGCCCGUUAGCUGCUGUUGGAGUAGAGGGCAAAAGACAGAGUCUUCAGGUAUGAUUUGUCGGCGGCAGUGAUGGUGAAAAUUGAGUAAAUGAUGGUGCUAAUUCAGCGCUGGGGAUUGGAGGGUCCUCCAGGAAUUGAGUUGGACACUCUGGUCCAGGAGUGCUUACAUUUGCAUACGAAUUACCUCUCCUCCCUCUCUACCUCUCUCUGUCGCUCCCCUCUCGUUCUGAAUUCCACUCUCUUUCCCCCGUUCCUCUGCCGUCCUUCACGUUAACCUUUCUCCUACCCAGUGCGCUCUGUGUCCCAGUCCUCGUCUCUGGGUGCUCUCUGCCCAGCCGCCUGCUGACGUGAUAGAGCAAUCUACAGUUGUUGAACUCAUUCUUCUUUCUGUCUUUCUUUCUUUCUUUCUGUCUGUCUUUCACUGACUCACUCAGUCACUCACUCACUCACUCACUGUCCCCCACUGUUUUGGUGUUUGUGUGUUAUCAUGACACGUUUAAGGCUCAUUAAUGCUUCCUUAUUGUGUACUCACUGACAGAAGGACACAUUUAUAUAUUUAUAUUGGAUAAUUUGGCAAAGAAGUACCAGUUAUAAUUUAAAUGAAUUUUUCAAGGGGCCCAUUUUCAUAACGCUAUUGUCAACCAAAUAUGCAUUGGCAAAAAGUCCCCCCAAAUGCAAACAUCAAUCUGUGAACACAGAAGCCAGCCUUAUGGAGUGUGUUUGCUUACUGUCUCAGGUGGGGAAGUGGGAGAAUGGCUCCCUGUCCAUGAAGUACCACGUGUGGCCUCGCUUUGAGAUCUACUCAGGGGCAGAGAGCCGGGAGGACGACCACCUUUCCAUCGUGACGCUGGAGGAGGCUCCGUUCGUCAUCGUGGAGGACGUUGACCCCCUCAGUGGCACCUGUAUGAGGAACACUGUACCCUGCAGGAGACAGCUCCAAACAAUGUGAGGGGAAAACUCUCCACAACACUUUCUAAUGCCACAUACAAUGUCUAUAACACAAUGUAUAUCCUUAACACCACUGUAAUGCGUAUAAUACCACAGAAAUUCUCACAAUUCUACAACAAUGUAUUUAACAAUAAUAUAAAGUAUUGAUGUCAAAGCAGUGUCCAAGUCUAUAAUAUUAAGAUGUAUAAUAAUUCUAGUUAUGCCCCUUAUAUUGUCCCACAGUAUCCACAAUAAAAGCCUUAAGACCCUCAAACCCCAUUCUUACAGUACAUUAUGAGUAUCUGCCGUCUGCCUCCAGUAUCUCUACAUCUGUUCUGAGUUGUAUUAAGCCUCUAACUGUGUGGGUACGUCCUGUCCUGUGUCUCAAUAUGUUCCUCUCUCCACCCUGUCUCACUCUGCCGUGGCAACAUGGCCAUGAUGAUAUCCAAAUCCAGGCUAGCGGGGUAGGAAGAGCUCUGUUAAAGUCUAUAGAAAGCAGAACGCUUUAAGCAUGCUGAUAAUGUUCCCCUCUGUCUAAUCUCUGUCUAAACAUAUGUUGUUCAGCAUGGAAAAAAUAUCUUUGCCUGCCGCCUACAGCUGUAUGAAUGCCCAGUGUUAAUAGGGCCUAUUGUUGUCCCUAUCACCUUUUACAUCUUUUUUUACAUUCCCUCAAUCUGUCUAUUCCUGUUGCACUUUCCCUACUAUAUCUCCCCCUCCUCUAUUCCAUUGUUUUCUCUCUUCCUUUCCUCCAUUUUAUGUUACCCUAAUUCUCUGCAUGCUUUUCUCCUUACUCUGCCGCUCUCCUCCUCCCUCGCUCUUUCCGUCUCUCUCGCUCUCUCUUUCUCAGGAAUAAAACCGUAGACUCAGGGAUCUAUAUCAAGCGCUGCUGUAAGGGUUUCUGCAUCGACAUCCUGAAGAAGAUCGCCAAGCACGUCAAGUUCACCUAUGACCUCUACUUGGUGACCAACGGAAAACACGGCAAGAAGAUCAACGGCACCUGGAAUGGCAUGGUGGGAGAGGUGGGCCUCAGGAGCUGCAGCUAGUCUGUCUGUGUACGAUGGUGUCAUGGGGUUAGCUACCUGUGUCAGUCUGUCUGUUUAUCAGUCUGCAGGUAUCAACCUGUCUUCUGUUUGUCUGCCAGUGUCUUUAUGCCUGUGUCCGUAUCUGUGUCAGUGGCUAUCCCAACAGGCAUCAUGCCCUCUGUUAUUAACUUGGAGCUACCUGGAAGGCAAACUCAUUCUGAGUGACUUACAGACAAACAAUCCUCUUCCACUUCCAUGUCACCAGUUUAUUCAGUUGGGCAAUAGCUAAUGUCAGUCAGGUUAAGUACCUCACUCAAGGGUAAAGAGCAGUCUACCAUGAAAGUCCAGUUUGUGUUAUAAAGAUGCCCCGUAAUCGACAUUGGUCCCAAGGUAAGGUUGUUGUCAGUUCUAAUUUACAGCAGUAGCAGCUGCACUGAGGCAGAGAGUAGCAAUGUCUUUAGUUUACAACUUUGUUCUAACUUCAGGAAAAUUCUAGUGUUGCGCCUCGCCUUAGUAACAGCCCAAGGGCUGUGGGUAAAAAUACAUAGUGUAACUUUACCGUAGCAGUGGAUGUUCAGGUUUGAAUAACCUUCCACUGUCAAGACAGGACUACAUAUCAAUUUUCCUACUACAGUAAAAUCCACAUUGACGUUAUACAUUUCAGCCAUUUAGCAGACUCUCUUAUUCAAAGCCACUUAGAUUCAAUAUGGAUACUGGGCCUCCAAGCCCAGAAUGGUCACCUGUUCUAAAGGGGUGUGUGUCAUGUGGACUAAAAGGGUGCUAAUGUACCGUCUCUUUAACACCUAGAAGAGGAAUGUUAAUGGAGUAGAGCAUCCUUCCCAUCCCAGCGCCGCUCAGCAGCGUCCUUCUCACACUGGCCCUCCGCCAGGCCGUAUCUCACACUCUUAAUGACCCCUGAUCUGCUCACAAGGACCGUAUGGAUCACAUAGAUGCCUCUUGACUUACACAAUGCACCAGAGCUGUGCAAAAAAAGAGCAAGAACUCAAUGCAGGGUUAAAGUUGGUCUCUCCCCUCCAUUUUGUGCUGACUUAAUGUUGCUCGCUGGUGUCGGUAUUGAUGGAGUGAAGGCAGCCCCUAAUCCUCAUAAUCCAAAAUAUUUGAGGCAAUACUCUUGAUUACAUGAGUUUGGCUUCAAACAUCCACAGACGUGAACAUAGAACACACACGCAAAAGUUCUCGCUCGCUCAUUCUCAGUACCACCCACAUAGGUCACUUUCAUAACGGAGAGAGUACAAGCCGUGGGAGUGAGAUGGAGGGAGAAUACAGAGAGAGAGAGGAAGUGAGUACACUGCUGGACAGACUUGCUCCCCCUGGGGAGACACACAUACACACGCACACACACUAACACAAACAAAUCCUUGGCAUGCAAACCUCCAGACCACAGGUAAAGGCAAAAGUCUCACUCCCCCUUCUCUCUCCCUCCCUCUGUCACACACACCUUAUUAACUCAGUCAGUUCUGUCCCACUUUACCCCAGCGCUGUAGGGCCCAGGUAUUUAGAGCUACAUAUACCUGUAGAGAUGGAGGGGCACGUAGGGAGGGAUGGAAAGCAGGGAGGAAAGGAAAGAGGAGGCAAUGGCAAUGGGGUGGCUAUUUCAAGCUUCCAUGACCCACUGUGGUAACCCAAUUCUCCCUCCCUCGUUCUGUCUGUCUCUACCUCCCCUCCCUCAUUCUCUCUCUCCCUCCCUCGUUCUGCCUCUCUCCCUCCCUCGUUCUGUCUGUCUCCCUCCCUCCCUCGUUCUGUCUGUCUCUACCUCCCCUCCCUCAUUCUCUCUCUCCCUCCCUCGUUCUGCCUCUCUCCCUCCCUCGUUAUGUCUGUCUCCCUCCCUCCCUCGUUCUGUCUGUCUCUACCUCCCCUCCCUCGUUCUCUCUCACUCCCUCCCUCGUUCUGUCUCUCUCCCUCCCUCAUUCUGUCUGUUCUGCCUCCCCUCCCUCGUUCGGUCUCUCUCCCACCCUCGUUCGGUCUCUCUCCCUCUCUCAUUCUGUCUGUUCUGCCUCCCCUCCCUCGUUCUGUUUCUCUCUCCUUCCCCUCCCUCACUGUGGAUCACAAGUCUCCACUCUGACUGUUCUUGAUGUGUAGAAACUGUCUCUCAUUGACCUUUCUCUUUCUCUCUCACUCCCUCUCUCCCUACUGUUUCUCCCUAUCUCCUUAAUGUUUCUCCCUCUCUCCCUACCGUCUCUCUCUCUACCUCUCUAUCUCAGGUGGAGACAAAGAAGGCCCACAUGGCGGUGGGCUCCCUCACCAUCAACAAGGAGAGGUCAGAGGUCAUUGACUUCUCGGUGCCCUUCAUCGAGACGGGCAUCAGCGUCAUGGUGUCCCGUAGCAACGGCACCGUCUCACCCUCUGCCUUCCUAGGUGAGUGUGACCCACAAACAGACUGCCAACGCUGCCAACUUUACAGUAUCGCCCAAAUGUACUGUGCAGUGUGAACUAAGACUGAAUUAUAAUGUGCCUAACUCUCUCGCUUUCUGUCUGUCUCAUUCCCCUCCGAUCUUUUCUUUCCUACUCCCACUCUCUCUCUCUGACUUCCUCUCCCUCGCCUCUAUCUCACUCACUUUGUUUCGCUGUGUACUCCUCAUUUGCAUAUUUUUCUCUCUCUCGCCCUCCCUCCCUUGGCCUUUCUCUCUCUCAGAGCCUUUCAGUGCUGAUGUGUGGGUGAUGAUGUUCGUGAUGCUGCUGCUGGUGUCGGCGAUUGCUGUGUUUGUGUUUGAGUACCUCAGCCCUGUGGGCUACAACCGCUGUCUGGCCGACGGCAGAGGUGAGAGGGCUCCACACCUGCACGAACAUCUCUCUCUCACACACACACACACCCACACACACACACACACACACACACACACACACACACACACACACACACACACACACACACUGCUGUGCGCGGUGAACUUCCCCAACUCCCACAUGGCUGCCAGUAAACCCUGACCACCCUCCUCCUGUCCUCCUUUACCUCUCAGAGCCGAGUGCAGGUGAAGUCUCUUCCCAUUGAUUUAAAUAUGCCUCCCCUGGUUCUUCAUGUAUUUUAAUGCGGGCCCUGUGUUUUGCAUGCAUUUCCAUAUUUUCAGGAAUCACAUGUCAGGCCUGACAGGGAUGGGCCAGUUUUUAUUAGAUCUCCCAGCCAAAAAGAAAUAAUCAAUGUCUCUCCAUCCUAUUCAUGAUGGGGCUAUAUUUAGAGACCAUAUCUUUUUUUAAUCUCUCUCAUCCUUCAUGUUCUGGAGAAUAAGACCCUCUUCCAUAAAGCGUUGUAGGAGUGCUAUUGUUAGCUGGUCAUACAGUAGCCUUGGGAAUUCAGUGUUUGUGCGAAUUGGAUCAAAUGUUGGAUUCCAACUAGUGAUACUCCUGGUGCCUACUUACAGAACAGUAAAUACAACUGAUGUGCCAAAAAGUAUUAUCAUGAUGGAUUCAAUCGUGUGUGGUAGUGACAUAACCACAGCACACACAUAUACAACAACAAUAGGCAUACUUAGUAGUGGACUAAAGCCUCAUCUGCAUUACAACACACUUACCCAGGUGUUUAUUAGAAUGGCACAGCACCGUUGUCCAAUCAGUCGUGUUCCUUCUGCUUCCCUAGCCACAUUGUGCUUUAUGAUCCUACAGCUAACCACAACAUGUCUACAACACUGAGACACCUCCCUGAGACCAUUCCUCAUUGUGAUCACUACCUGUCUCUCCAUCAGAGCCUGGAGGGCCCUCCUUCACCAUCGGCAAGGCCAUCUGGCUGCUGUGGGGUCUGGUCUUCAACAACUCUGUCCCAGUGCAGAACCCCAAGGGUUGGACCAGUAAGAUCAUGGUGUCCGUGUGGGCCUUCUUCGCUGUCAUCUUCCUGGCCUCCUACACUGCCAACCUGGCAGCCUUCAUGAUCCAGGAGGAGUAUGUGGACCAGGUGUCUGGACUCAGCGACAAGAAGGUAAGGCCUGUCAUUAAACUUCAUUAGUCCUUUACUCGUUCUUUCUUACUAUCUCUCCUCUCGCCUUAUCUCACCUCCAUUCCAAUUCACUGUCCAUCUUUCCUUGAUUCCCUUGAUUUCUAUCUCUCUCUCUGUCCUCUGCCUGCCACCACUUUCCUCACGCCAUCAUUAUUUCUAUGCCUCUAUCGCUCUUCAACACCUCUUAGCGCACAAAGUAUAUCUAUAGAGAAUAUCGAUAGGAGAGAAGAGCGAGGAGAAGGUGGUGGGUGAUAGAUGAGAUCGAGAGCAGAUAUCAUCUCUCCUAUAUUACUCUAGCUAUUCUCUAUCGAUUCGAUUUUUUUUUCUUUCUCUCUCUCUCUCUCUCUCUCUCUCUCUCUCUCCUCUCCUCCCCUCAGUUCCAGAGACCCAAUGACUUCUCUCCUCCGUUCCGGUUUGGGACGGUCCCUAACGGCAGCACGGAAAGGAACAUCAAGAACAACUACAAGGAGAUGCAUGGCUACAUGAUCAAGUUCCACCAGAAGAACGUGGACGAGGCCCUCUAUGGUCUGAAGACUGGGUGAGCAGGGGGAAUGGGGCCUUAGACUGGGUGAGGAGGGGGAAUGGGGUGUUAGACUGGGAGAGGAGGGGAACAGGGCUUGAGACUGGGUGAGGAGGGAGAACGGGGCCUUAGUCUGGGUGAGCAGGGGGAAUGGGGCCUUAGACUGGGUGAGCAGGGGGAAUGGGGUGUUAGACUGGGUGAGCAGGGGCAAUGGGGUGUUAGACUGGAUGAGGAGGGGAACGGGGCUUGAGACUGGGUGAGGAGGGGGAACGGGGCCUUAGUCUGGGUGAGCAGGGGGAAUGGGGUGUUAGACUGAGUGAGGAGGGGGAAUGGGGUGUUAGACUGGGUGAGGAGGGGAACGGGGUUUGAGACUGGGAGAGGAGGGGGAACGGGGCCUUAGUCUGGGAGAGGAGGGGGAACGGGGCCUUAGUCUGGGAGAGGAGGGGGAACGGGACCUUAGUCUGGGAGAGGAGGAGGAACGGGGCCUUAGUCUGGGAGAGGAGGGGGAACGGGGCCUUAGUCUGAGAGGAGGGGGAACAGGGCCUUAGUCUGGGAGAGGAGGGGGAACGGGGCCUUAGUCUGGGAGAGGAGGGGAAACGGGGCCUUAGUCUGGGAGAGGAGGGGGAACGGAGUCUGGGAGAGGAGGGGGAACGGGGCCUUAGUCUGGGUGAAUGGGGGAACAUAGUGUCCUCCUAUUGCUGACCAGGGUUUGGGUCAAUUCCAUGUCAAUUCAGUCAUCCCCCUCAACCCUGUUGCAGUCUUUCACUUACUUUACUUAUGUAAUGUAUUCUAUUUCCUUUUAUGUAUUUUGUCAUAUCUUAGUUGAAUUAUUCUCCUUGUUUCUCAUUAAAAGCUCCGGUUUUAUUCAUUUCCCAGCACAAGAGUGUCUACCAUUAUACAGUACGUGACAACUGUAGCCCUUGGCAAAGCAGGCAGAAGUCUAUUAUCCUUAUCACAACAUUAGGGCUACUGAACAGGUUCAUUGGGAUGAGUAGUUACAGUGUAAAGCUAGGCCAGAAGUAAUUACUGUAAAUUCUCUCAUUAGUAAACUGGAUGCCUUCAUCUACGACGCAGCAGUGCUGAACUACAUGGCCGGGAGGGACGAGGGCUGUAAGCUGGUGACCAUCGGCAGUGGGAAGGUGUUUGCCUCCACGGGCUACGGCAUCGCCAUCCAGAAGGAGUCUGGCUGGAAGAGACACGUGGACCUGGCCAUCCUUCAGCUCUUUGGAGACGGUGAGAUCGACGUUCAGUUAGAAUUACACACAGUUUGACUUCAUGUAUUUCAGCUAGGGAGUCGUGACAUUUUACUGAGGGUUUUAACGGUGUGCUUUGAUGGAAAACAGCCACGUUUUUCCGGUCGGAUUACUUGCCUUCAUCUGGAGAGAAAUGCAAUAAAACUAGAAAAUUGGGAAAUUGUUUUAGAGUGUGCUGUUGUAAUGUUUCCCCAUGGAAUUGUAUACUUUUGGCAUACUUGCCAACUGGCUAAAAUAUAACACACACAAUCCUACAGGUAUUGUCUAUGUAUGUCAUAUUGUGCAUAAUAUGGCUGUGUCCAACCUUGAAUGAGCACCAGUCAUAGCUGUAUUAAAAGCCAUAUAGAAGUAGUUUUUCUUUCUGCAGCUUGUCUGUGCUGGAGCCAGUUUAUUUGGGUGUGUUCCAGCCUGUCUUGAGGAUCCUGGACCAAGGCCCCUCCAGGCCCCACUAUAGUGUCCUAGUUAGAGGUGCCAGUAUAGCUGCUGGUGUAUUUCUACACUCUGUGGACAAGGGGUGUGUGUGAAUGUGGGUCAGCCCUACGAAGACUGUGUGUGUAGGUCUCUGUUUCUCUGUGUCUGUCUACUGAAUGUACAGGUGUAUUUAUCGACCUAUAUAUAAGCUUUGGAUAUGGAGUGUGUUUUUCUGUAUUUAGGGAUCGGUGACAAUAAGUUAUUGUGUCUGUAUGUAUAGUAUACCGUUUCUUGUAUAUUUUCUUGUGUGUUUAUGUGUGAAUAUGGGUCAUCAUCUGGUGCCGUCCCCUGUGUACAUCCAGCCAAAGCUUAGCAAGUGGCCCUCAAUGUCACAUUGACACGCCCCAACAUGCACUCCUCUCAGUGUGGCCUAGUUUGAGAAAGCGAUCCUCACGCGCUGAGAGACCAGGGGCCUGUGAAGGGUGCAGACGGGGGCCUGGCUGGUUUGACGAUGAGGCUCCCAGACAGUCACUUAGAGCAGAGGAGGAUGCGUAGGGCCCCAGGGAGCUCUGGUCUCACAGACGCCACUGAGCCCCAUCUCCCACACCAGUCGCCUUAGUCGACCAGGAGCCAUGCGGGCGCAGCAGGCAGUGGGCCCUGAAUUCGAUCAUCUGUGUGUGUGUGUGUGUGUGUGUGUGUGUGUGUGUGUGUGUGUGUGUGUGUGUGUGUGUGUGUGUGUGUGUGUGUGUGUGUGUGUGUGUGUGUGUGUGUGUGUGUGUGUGUUGAUGCUCAGGGGCCAGUGGUCCCAUGCGAGAGCUCUGCUGACGUGCACAGCCAUCUGAAUGUAUGCUUAAUUAAGUAACGCCAGUCCUGCCACGGACAGUCCGCCAGAACUAACUGCUGCUGAUGUUACACAAGGUGACCCACAAAGAGACAGAUAGAGACUCUGGGACAUGGCUGGACACGUGGACACACACACAUCAUGCACGCACACUCAUAUUUCCAUAUACACAUGCGCACACAUGGGUCUAUUUACUGAAUCUGAAGUGUGCUGUCAUGAAUAACAAAACUGAGAUGUAUUCAUUAAAAUGCCACCAAAGACUUGCAUGCAUUAGCCUUUAAUUGUUUGUCCUCUACAGUUUUUUCAGACCUAUAUUCUCAAGUGUCUUUCCCUACCCCUCGUCCCUGUACCUUUUCUUUGCUCACUUUGCAUCAUUCUCCCCUUCCAAUAUUUAUCCUCCUGCUACAUCAUGUCCUCCCUUCUCCACACCCUUCUCCUACUCCCUCCUUUCUCUCCCUCCAUCCGCCUGUCCCCACUCUCCCUCCUCUUCCCGUCCCCACUCUUCCUUGACUCCUCCCUCCAUCCUGUCCCCACUCUCCCUCCUCUUCCCGUCCCCACUCUUCCUUGACUCCUCCCUCCAUCCUGUCCCCACUCUUCCUUGACUCCUCCCUCCCUCCUGUCCCCACUCUUCCUUGACUCCUCCCUCCAUCCUGUCCCCACUCUUCCUUGACUCCUCCCUCCAUCCUGUCCCCACUCUUCCUUGACUCCUCCCUCCAUCCUGUCCCCACUCUUCCUUGACUCCUCCCUCCAUCCUGUCCCUCUCUCCAGGUGACAUGGAGGAGCUAGAGGCCAUGUGGCUAACGGGCAUCUGCCACCAUGAGAAGAACGAGGUGAUGAGCAGCCAGCUGGAUGUGGACAACAUGGCCGGCGUCUUCUACAUGCUGGGGGCGGCCAUGGCUCUGUCGCUCAUCACCUUCAUCGCCGAGCAUGCCUUCUACUGGCAACUGCGCUUCUGCUUCAUGGGCUACUGCACGGGCAAGCCAGGCUUCGUCUUCUCCAUCAGCAGGGUGAGCCAGGCCACCUCAGACACCCAUAGUAACUGUCUACACACACUCAUAUAUGGCUGUUCUUCACUAAGGCUUUCUUCUAAUACCCAGUAAACAAGAGUGCUUUAUUCUUGGAAAAGGUAGUCCAUAAGGAAACCUGGUCAAGUAGAAGGCUUAUAGGCACUGAUGGCAGAAAUAUGUGUGUAGUUUAUGUCCCCAGUGGCCAACCAAUGCCAAACUCUGAGUUUAGUUUGAACACAGACAGAUUUCUUCUUUUGUUUUGAUGCUAUUGCCCGUUUCACAUCCGGGGUAAAUAUUUACAAAAUGUUGAGCCAAAAUCAAUUGUUCACUCGGCCGGAGAAAUGAGGGUAGAUUACUAGUUCUAUUUGGGAGCAAAGUCACCCUGAGGUAUUUGAUUUGCGUUCCAAUUGUUUUGACAUGGCUCCAGUGUAAUUCACCAAGGUGAAAGGCUUGGGGCUAACCACGUGGCUCAUUUACUACAGUGCCACACACACCAUUGCUCUUUUCAUUUGAAAACCAGGGCAGAGGAAAAGAGUAGUCUUUGUUCUAAUAUUCUGCCUCAGUUGAUAGUUUUUUGUCUAGUGUUAUCGUGUCAAUGUUAGUGUGUGUUUGUCUGUGUGUUGUUUGGGUGUGUGUCCAUGACAAUUGGUUAGUAAUUGUUGAUGAUUAUACCAUUAGCAUUUGUAUGAGGACGAGAGUGAGGAAAAUGACUGUAUGCAUUUGUGUGAGGUUCCAUUAUGACAUGUAUUCAUGAUAUUAUUUCCUAGUUGUUGUGACUGUAAAUAUCUGGAUGUGACCCUUGAAUACAGUUCACUCUUAGAAAGAACUGUUCCAGAAAGGUUCUUUGGCUAUCCCCAUAGGAGAACCCUUUUUAGUUCCAGGUAGAACCCUUUUUGGUUACAGGUAGAACUAUUUUGGGUUCUAUGUAGAACCCUCUAUGGAAAUGGUUCUACAUGGAACUCAAAAAGGUUCUACCUGGAACCAAAAAGGGUUCUUCAAGGGUUCUCCUAUGGGGACAGCCAAAGAACCCUUUUAGGUUCUAUAUAGCACCUUUUUUUCUAAGAGUGUAGAAAGGAUUCAGUGCUCCAAAAUAUUCAGAGGAAACAACCUACAAUAUGUUUGUUUAUUAGUAUUCAUCGCCACACACCAGAUUUUCAAGGGAUAAUUACACAACAAUGAGGGAAAUUAUGGUUUAUUAUCUUUUCACAAUCCUGGAGUAUGGCUUCACAUUGGUUUAUUCUCAUUUAGUUUUAUAUUUUCCAUUGACGCCCCUUUCCCUGUGCCACUGGAUUGAUUCUGUUUUUGAAUUUCACAGCAUAAUCCAAUAAACGUUAUUAUUAUUACCGCAAUUAACAUUAAGCUCAGCACUGUAAGAAUGAGAAAUAUGUCACGCCUGAUCGGAGUCACGUGUCCAAGCCCUUGUUGGUUACAGUUUCCCCCUCUGCGCUGGUGAAAAACAGUAAGCAGGGCUUCGUUAGCAAAGGUAUUCCUCUUACACCUGCAACACUAUAACUAAUUCACUAACCAAUUCAUUACAUUGAUUUAAGAAACCGUCUAAUGACUUUAGCUAGGAGUUUAGAUGAGUACUGUACAUGUAUUAAGCCUAAUCGCUGUGUCUUCAAAUGAUCACAUUGUAGUAUUAUUUGCAUAAAUCCACAUAUAGGCUACUCAAGGACAGGGCAGCUAGCGAAUCUUUGCAUUUGAAACCACAUGUACACUGUAAUCAGUUAUAGAUUUUAGGUGCCUCCAUGACUUUACAUUUCUAACCCUCAGGCCAGAGCUAUUACCAUUCAGACAUCCCAGCCCAAAUAAUCCCAGAGACAGUCUGUGAAUGUUUACUUUACGUGGGCAUGUGGAGUAUCUCAGUUGAAUAUGAAGCACCAUAGACAAUGCUAAGGCAUUCUGUUGUUUUGUUUAUUCUUCUCUGCAAACAGCUCAAACGGAGCACACAUGAUAUGUCAUCUAACAUUGCCAAGGGUUGAGGGUUGAGUAAACACAAGGACAGCAUGUCACAGAGAAUAUGGGAGAAUCAGUAGUGGUGCGUGGGUAAAAUCACUGGGGAAGCCAGAAAAAAAGCCAUUUUACAACCUACGUGUUGUGAUAAUUGCAUUGUUUGCUCUAUAACCUGUUAGUUCAUAUGCCUUGCCACCGUGAUAUAUAGGCCUAAGGCCGAGACAAUAAGAAGACACAGUGGCAGAAUAAAUUCAAUCACACCAUUGUUUCAUCACAAAACCGGAGAGCAACCUCUGUCCGGUGAAGUCCACAAAGCAUAUUGCAUGUAACAAACAGUUACAUGACCUACAGCAUGGUGAAGAAAGUUCAUGUUUCAGAUAUUUUUGGACUACUAAGCAACUAUUGAUUUAGAACCACGUAGAGUUACCACAAGUCACAAUGAAAACAGGAGCUGCCUCCACUAUUACAGCACCAUUUCAACUUCAACAUUUCAACAUCAUCAAAUCACCUAUGCUGUCACGAUCGUUAUUAGACACGGACCAAGGCGCAGCGUGAUAUGCGUACAUUCUUUUAUUGCAGUACACAACACGAACCAAAACAACAAAACAAACGAUACGUGAAGUCCUGGGUUGAACACAAACCUUCCGGAACAAGAUCCCACAAUAAACAGUGCCAAACAGGCUGCCUAAGUAUGGUCCCCAAUCAGAGACAACAAGCUACAGCUGCCUCUGAUUGGGAACCACCCUGGCCAACCUAGAAAUACACGAACUAGAACAAAACAUAGAAAGUAACACAUAGAAAAUCCACACCCUGGCUCAACAUAUAAGAGUCCCCAGAGCCAGGGCGUGACAUAUGCUUAGUCUAAUACAGUGACAACUAAAAUAUAACAAAAACAAUUUAGUCCAAUCAACGUAAGCUAAAUAUGAUGUGGCUGUCAAUGGUUCUGAUUUGUGUGUGUGUGUGUGUGCAUGCGUACGUUCGUGCAAGUAGAAAAAACAUGUUGACUCACCCUACUUGUAGAGAAACCCCAAUGCCAUCCUCCUCUCUUUCAUGUUGACGAAACAGUCUAUGACUUGUCAUACAGUACACGCUUUUAUGCUUGCUCGCUAGCCUAUCUUCCUUUCAUGGGCAACGUUAGCUAGUUAACAUUAGCCUCCUACAUCUAGCUACAUAUUGAACUUCCAUCCUCUCAGUUCAGGGGCACAAUGUAUGAAUUUAUGAUUGGAUCAGAAUCGCCGUUAUAAUCAUUGGCCAGUACGGAUAAUUAAGUAAAACCACAAGUCCAAAUCCCUAUCUCCAUCCAUAGCUAAUUUAGGAAAGGGACAAUUUUAGCUAGCUAGCUAGCCACCAGAGGACAACAACACAACGAGAUGCAACAAUUCAAGUUGUUUCUGUCAAUUACGUAUUUCUCUUGAUGCGAUGUGACAGGAGUGAAGCCAAACUGGCUUCCCUUGACACAAAAUGUUUUGGUGCGCCAGGACCAUUCACAGUUGAGCUCACUCAGUUUAGCUCAACGCUGAUUGGCUAUUAUUCUAUAUGUUUUUUUUAUCAAGGGAGGCAAAAUGCUCGCUGGCUUCCCUUGCGUUCAAUGCUCUUUAUGACCAGACAGCAUCAAAUACUGUAGAUGGCCUACACAUACAGAGACAGAGGGGCGUUGUUUCGCUCGCUCGGAUGCUGUCUCCGGUGAGAUACAUUCAGCCUCUUGCGAAUUGAAGGAAAAUUAUGAAAACACAGAGAGACAAAUAAUUAUUUAUUGUAUCUUUUUUUCUUGGUACAUUAUUUGGGGAAGCCUGGCUUCCCUUGGCAUCAAUGAUUACACGCCACUGGGGAGAAUAGUGGUAUGGCAGGCUCAUGGCCUCAUCAAGACGGAGCAAUGGAGGGCACAUUGAUGAAACAAAGAGGCAGAAGGUAGGAGUAAGAGAGAUACAGUACCACAGAGACAACCAAUGAAUAACAGCUAAAAGGGGGAGAUGUCAAACGUCAAAAGGUUGGCAUCAUGGUGGUUAUGGCAUCAAGGCUGAGAGAGAGGACAGAUGACAUGAAAAUGACCCUGUUAAGGAAUCUGACCCCAGCAGUAGCCAUUGACCAGUACACCUUUGACCUUUAAUGGCGGCCAAAGGGUCCUAUUACCUCUGCUGUCAUUUCCCAGACAAAAUAACAAAAAAAAUCAUUGGGUCAGAUUGAUUUGAUCCAACUCAUCCAUCUGUCACACCUCGUUUAGCCAACUCUCCAUCCAUUUGUAUUUGAAUAUCGUAUUAUACAUCACAGGACGCAAAUAGCACGGUUUGUCUUUCUGUCAUCAUUAUGCCAGUGUUUCCUGGCCUCAUCCUCUCUCUGGAGUUUUAUAUUAUUGCUUGGCGGUCCACAGUCAAUGCCAGGGGUAUUUAUUAACUGCCCCUGGGUAUUGUUCAGCUGAAUUCUAAUCACAUUGAUUGAAGGUAUUGACCGCUGAGACCCACAGGGCUUUACUGCAUCUCUGUCAUUAUCAAUCAUCUCCCCAUCCUCUCCUCUCUCCUACUUUCUCAUGCUCUCCUGUCUCAUAUACCCACAUACAGUAUAAAUAUGUUAGAUGUAUUACAUUCAGUCCAUGUGAAUCUAUAUUUAUCAUUUUAUCACUUAAUGGAGAAACAAGAAACAAGGAGUCAAAUCCAGAGGUACUAGAAGUGAACACUUCUUUACUUAUUUCUGUUUAGUUAUUAUGUGUAGUGUAUGUUCAACAGUUGUGUAGGCUAUGUACAUGGCUUUUGUUAUUUAACAAUCUCUGUUUCCCUCUCAUUCUCCUCAGUCUACUCUUAGCGGCCCUAUUUUUAGUUCUCCUUUAUUCUGCCUCUGACUCUCCCUUACCCUCUCUAAUGCUGCUUAAUGACCCUCUUCACUCACAGGGCAUCUACAGCUGCAUCCACGGGGUUCAGAUCGAGGAGAAGAGCGGCUCAGCUCUCGACUCUCCAUCGGUCACCAUGAACAACACCCAAUCCAACAUCCUGCGUCUGCUCCGAACCGCUAAGAACAUGGCCUCCCUGUCCGGGGUCAACGGCUCGCCUCACAGCGCCCUGGACUUUAUCCGUCGUGAGUCGUCCGUCUACGACAUCUCCGAGCACCGCCGCAGCCUGGCAGGUCACUCGGACUGCAAGCCUCCGUACAUGCCGGAGGAUAACAUGUUCAGCGACUACAUCAACGAGGUGGAGAGGACUUUCGGGAACCUCCACCUGAAGGACAGCAACCUGUACCAGGACCACUACCUGCACCACCAUGGAGGAUCUGCCCUGGGGCUCAGCGGCCCGCCCCUUAACAGACCCCACAGCCUGGGAAGCAACAGCUCUCUGGAAGGGGGCAUGUUUGACUGUGACAGUCUAGGGGGAGGAGUGGCACCCAUCUUCACCACCCAGCCACGCUCUGCCCUGACCCACAGGAACAUGAGUAAGUUUGACCUGAUUGCCAGUCAGAACCCGCCCUCCGGGCCAGGCUUCAAAUCAGGACUGUCAGACCUGUAUGGAAAGUUAUCCUUCAAGGGAGGGGCCUCCAGCUCAGGUUACAUCCCCGGGCACGACAGGUACUGUGGGGGAGGGGGCAGAGAAGAUGACGGAAACAUCCAUUCAGACGUUUCAGACAUCUCCACUCACACUGUCACCUACGGGAAUCUGGAGGGCAAUGCUAAGAAGCGUAAGCAGUAUCGCGACAGCCUGAAAAAGAGGCCCGCCUCGGCCAAGUCGAGACGAGAGCUGGAUGAGAUUGAGCUGGGCUACCGGAGAAAGCCUUACCACACAGGCUACCACCACUACCACGGCCAUCGCUCCUCCUCCCCACCCCUACUGCCCUCCGAACGCAAGAGAGGAGGAGGGGGAAACGCAGGGAGCACAUCCUACCUGUUCCGUGACAAAGAGAGUGUGAGGGAUUUCUAUUUGGACCAGUUUCCGCCCCAAAGUUGGUGUCCCCCAAUGGGAACAUGUGGAUCUGACAGAUGGUCCUGGAGGGGGGGGUGGAGGGGGCGGGGGGAACUGCACCAGUUUGGUGUCAGUAGAUGACUUCCUGAAACAAAGUAAACCCAAGAAAUCAGAGUCUAAGAGUGGGGGAGGCACAUCUGGGGUGGGGUUGGCAGGCGGUGACUGGGAGUGUCGGAACUGCCGUGCCAGCGGAGGAGGGGGCAAGCAGAUGUCGAUGCAUGGCAGCGGGGCGGGGGAGAGGGGAGGCGGGUAUGGUGGAGGGGUUAGUUGUGGAUCCUCGGGGGGUGGAGGGAACAGCCGUCCCAGCUCUGCCACCUGCAUGCGCUGCGAGGGCUGCAAAAAGACAGGCAACCUGUACGACAUCAGCGAGGACAACAACCACCUCUUGGAACAGAUGGGGGGUGGGAAAGGCAGGGGCAUGGGGGCUGUGGGGUUAGGUGGAGGCGCCCAGCCUCAAACUCAAGCCCAGCGUAGGAAGUCUGCCGGCUUUGGCAAGCCCCUCCGACGGCAACACUCGUACGACACCUUUGUAGACCUUCAGAAAGAGGAGGCAGUCGGAGUCAGUGGGAUCAUGGGGGAUCUAGGAGGGGGCGAUGGGGGCAUGGGUGGUGCAGGAAUGGGCGGGAUGUUGCAUCCUCCCAGAAGUGUUAGUUUAAAAGAGAAGGAGCGCUACAUGGAGGGUGUUAGCCCCUUCGCCCACAUAUUUGAGAGGCAUGGAGGCUCAGAGAGGGAGAGGGAGCGAGACAGAGACCCCCUGUUCUACGGUGGUGAGAGGGCCAAAGAAGCAGGGUCACCAUUUGGCUUGUUCCGAGGUGGCGAGGGCCUUCACCGUCGCUCAGUGGGGGAGAGGGACAUGAGGGACAGAGAAAGAGCCAUGAUGGAGGGCGGUGGAGGAGGAACCUACUCCUUAUCCAAAUCUCUCUACCCGGAUAGGGUCAACCAAAACCCCUUUAUCCCAACCUUCGGUGACGACCAGUGUCUCUUGCACGGCGCCAAACAAUACUACAUCAAAAAGCAACAGCAGCAGCAGCAGAUGCCCCCCAAAAACAGCCGAAGUGACUUCCGGGGCUCCGUGGGCGUGACGUCCUUCUUGCCAGCGACUGCCACUGCUGGGGUCAUGUCCAAUGUGGACCCCAGGUUCCCUAUGGAGCUGUGUCUGGGAGGGAACCUCCACGGCUCCACGCUGGGUGUGGGGCCAACACAGCGCGCGUUCAAUGGCAGCAACGGGCACGUGUACGAGAAACUCUCCAGCAUAGAGUCAGAUGUGUGA